AUUCUAAGUGGGUUCGAUUAGGUGGUAUAAUUUCUUCUUAUUCGUAGUCAGUUAAGUGUGAAGCUCCAUUUGCAAUGACAGACUAGCUUCUUAAAUGGCUAAGAUAAAAAAAAGCAUCAUUACGAUCCAUCGUUGGGAACUCAGUUUUAUAGCUUGGAUGUGCGAUUUUUCAUAGACAGUAAUAUAUACAGUAUUGAUAAUCAUGUCUGUUCAUCUAUGGAUACCUAGAAUGAUGAUUUCUUCGAUGGACAAGUGUUAACCCUCUUUUAUGUGCCACUGUACCGUUGUUCCUUAACAGUUAUAAUUUUUUUUACAACAAACUUAGUUGUCUUAGCGAAUUCGACAUAGGUUGACUGUUAGCGAUCAUGCCCAUUUAUGUCAGGAUGAUAAAUGUUUUAACACACGAUCUCACUGUAUUACAAGGGAGUUUUUUGGUUGUCCACGUAUCGUUAAAAUGUAAUGAGGAGAAAUAUCCAAUUGUAUUGUUUCUCAUCAUUUCAGGCAUCCAUAGAUUAAGGGUUUUUGUGCUGACAAGUGUUUAAACAUUGCUUUAUAUGCUUUUAUUACUCAACCAAAGUUUAUACCCACUAUGCUUAGUUCAAUGCACUGGUUACUUUAUCAUUUUAAAAUAGGUCCGAAGUGCAUCAUGUCAAUCCUUGUAAAAUAAGUAUCUAUGUAUGGAUCGUUAGGUCAUACUCUUGUACUCCUUUUACUGGAUUUUUCACUUUCAGUAAGGGAAGAGAACCAAAUUUCAGAUGGUAUUUUUUAUAAACUUUCGAGCUGUUAAAAGUUGAGCUACUCGUAAAGCAUAAUUAUAUCAAAUGCUAGUGCUCUUAUUAUAGCUAGCCAGUAUGAAUUUUUUGAAUCAAUGUGAUGGAUGAUACCGACUAUUAUGCCAGUUAACGGUAGUACUCAACCCGAUUUUGAUUCGUAGAUAUAUUUAUCAAAAUAAUUUUAUCAUUAGAAAUCAUUGUUGUCUGUUGCAUCACUUCGAGUUGUCCUUGCCAGUUUAGACCUAUCCAAAACCGUAGUUACUUCUGAUUCAUCCAGCUUAUGUCUUGGCUCAUAUCAUGGUUCCUUUCUCCCCGAAUUGUGUUAAGUUUUUCAUUUUUUAUUGGCGAAUUUUCGAACUACAUGUCUUCAUGAAGUAACUUUUUUUCUUCAUGACAGACUGCUUUUAAACUUAUAUGCCACCAACGAGAAUACUAUAAUGGAGGAUGUACAGGGACAUAAAAGGGAGCGCGGAGAGAAAAUCCAUCGAAAAAAGAAGAGUCGAGAUUAUGAGGUUACUGAUCAAACUGCUAGUCGCUUCCUCAAUCAUUUUUCGGACAACAGAUAUGAUAACCAAGAUAACGGCUGUCAUGACGCCGAGACCACUGAAGGUUAUGCUGACUUUAACGCUACCAAAAGACCUUACUCUUCAAGUCGAGUUGUUUAUAGGGAUAGUGUAGAAAAGACAUACCCAAACGAAAAAGCAGAACGACAUAGGUCGAAGAAAAAACCACCGAGACAUGAAAAUGUGUCGAAUGUGGCUGGUAUGGAACGCAAAUAUUCUGUCGAUCAAUAUCAAGAAAGUAUCCAUAGUUAUGUCAGUGACAAUGAGAAUCAGUACAGAAGUCGCACAGGUUCUCGAAUUUCUCAAAAUCAAGUACCAUAUCAUCAAGAUGAGGAGAGUGGAGUGUCUGGUUCUAUUCGUUAUGAUGGCUCAGUACCACCUUCUCCUCUUUCAGGCAGCAUUCCCAUUUCUAAUGGUCGUUCUGAGGAACGUCGAGAAUCUUCCAUGGGUUUACCCACUAAUCUACACUCUGAAUCCUAUUCGAGUUACGAACAACGCUUGCUAGAUGAUGGACAUUCCAAUGCAUUUGUUGGGAGUGGACGGGGAUUUUGGAAUCCUGAAUUCGGACAAGGCCAGCAUGAACUCGUACCUCACCAAAAUCUACCUGAGGUUUCGCCAACGAAAAACGUACUAUCAAAGUUAUUCGCUUCUUUUAGGCGACGCAAGCCGAAAGCUCAUAUGUCACAAAUUACCAAGCCGUCUGAUAGUUCUACAUCAGUUUGCGUUAUUAUGCUUGAUGGUGAGGAGCUUGUUUUCCAGUUGAGUCGUGAUGAUAUCGGUCAAGUUCUUUUCGAUCAGGUGUGUCAGAACUUAGAUCUUUAUGAAGCCGACUACUUUGGAUUGACGUUCGUCAGUAACAAAAUACGUACAUGGUUUUGGCUGGAUUUACAAACCAAGAUUGGAAAACAGUUGCGAGAUAACGAGCAACGGUUAUUUUAUUUUCAAGUUAAAUUUUACCCUCCUGAGCCAUCCUUGUUGCAAGAAGAGUUGACACGCUAUCAGCUUACUUUACAAAUUCGACAAGAUAUUUACACUGGGAAACUUCCUUGUUCGUGGGUUACACAAGCAUUAUUAGGUUCAUUUAUGGUACAGGCAGAAUUAGGCGAUUUUGAUCCUGACAAACAUAUUGGGUUAGAUUAUUUAAAUGAAUUUGAAUUUGUACCAUCACCUACACCUCAAUUGUUGAAAAAAAUUGUGGAAUUGCAUAAAACCCAUACUGGUAUGAAACCGAAUGAAGCUGAUAUUAAAUAUUUAGAGACUGCUAAACGGUUGGAACUAUACGGUGUUGAUUUACACCCGGCUAAAGAUACGGAAAAUGUAGAUAUUUAUAUUGGUGUUGGUUUUCAUGGUGUAGUUAUUUACCGUGACCGACUGCGUAUUGGUCGAUUCGCAUGGCCUAAAGUUCUACGUAUAUCGUAUAAAAAAAAUAAUUUCUAUUUAAAAAUUCGACCUGAUUAUUCAGAACCUGUAGAAGCUAUUGUAGGCUUUCGUUUGUUAAAUCCACAUUUAGCUAAUCGACUGUGGAAAGCUGCCGUCGAACAUCAUGCAUUUUUUCGACUGAAAGAAACGCCAGCACCUAAAAGACCUUUAUCAACACCUAGUUUAAGUAAAUCACAAUUUCGUUAUACAGGACGAACAUUCUUCCAAUAUCGUACAACGAAUAUUGAUAGGCCACAUCCACGGUUUAAUCGUUCAAUGUUGAAGCGACGUACGGCAAGUAUGCCUACUGGUUUAAAUGCAGCUAUGAAUAUGCAUACAUUAAACAGAGCACAUCCACGUGAUAUGACUGUAGGCAAAAUUCAAAAUAAUGAUCAGUUACAAGGAUUACGAAGAUUUGGUUCUGUUCAAAUGGGUAGUGGAGUAAAUGGGAAUAGUAAUGCAACGCAAUUAUACGGAACUGUUCCACGACAUCAUCCAUAUUCUGAGUCUGUUGUGUCUGAAGUACAAGAUGUACAGUCUCAAAUGAGUAAACAAUAUAGUGAUGGUGUUUCAAAUAUUUUAUCAUAUGGGUCUGUAAACGAAAGUUAUGAUAAUGAAGCUCCUUAUAAUGAUUAUGUAAAUUAUCGACACUCUGGAAAAGGUAAACCAGACGAAAUGUUGUCUGUUACAGGUGGAUCUCAAUCAAGUGAUUAUCCUAUUAUUCAACAUGGUCAAAACGAUCGUAAAGGUAGACAUCCUUCUGAGAUAUCAAAUUCCAUAAAUGAGCGUAGACCGAAUUCUCCUAUAUAUGCAAAUACUAAAACACAUCGUCAUAAGAAGCAUCAUGAUGAGUCAUCAACGAAUACUGUCCAACAAAAAGAUAAUUACACUUAUGAUCCGAAUACGAGAAUAAGCAAUUUGUCAUCUAGUCAUAAGCCUCCUGUAGGUGGUGUGCCAGUAUUCGGAGGUGUAAUGCUUCCUAAUAAUCACCAUAAUCAGGAAGUAGAUAGGUUGAAACGAUCUGAUCAACUGCGCCCUUUGAAUUCCCCUCAUUUUAAGAAGAAACAACAAUAUCAUUCAGAAGAGAAUGAUGAUGAACAAACUGUAACGCUCACUGAAGAUAAGGCUGAUCAUAAUCAAUACAAAUCCAGUUCUAAACAUCGAAAACAAUUACAGACCGAUCAUUACAGUGCAGUAUCUAAUCAUAAUAGACCUAGACAUUCCGGACGAUCACCAACAAUGAGCAAGUUGGUGUAAGCUUUAAGCAAAAGCAGUCAUCCAGUACUUUAUAGUCUUGCAAUAGCUGGCAAACUGAUUGAUCAUCAUCGAAGACAAUCAGGAAACGUAGAAGGCAUGUUAUAAUUCGAAGAAAACCCACCACGUAACAAACUUUAUUAUCUGGUCGUCGUUCUCUUCUAUUAUACAUACUCAGCGUGGGGCUUCCAUUUUUUUGAAAACAUAUUUGAUCCUUUCCACAGUUUUUAUUUGUUAUGUGAUUGUUAACAGGUUUUUUAAAAUAUUUUACCCUCUGUGAUUUACAUAACAAUUAUUCAAACAAUAUUUGAGACUUUUUUUCGCACUUAUCCAUUCAUACGUAGUAUACACACGCACACUUACUUAUUGUACCACCCACUAUACAUUUAUUGUCCUUUACAUAUUAUUUUAUGCUUAUUAUGAUUACUGUUUUUCUCUUUGAAUAUUUUUCCCAUUAUCUCAUUCCACUUUUUUAUCAAGUUAGCGUUGAUGAUUUGCUCAUGCAUACAUAUCAUUCUUAUAUAUAUGGAAAAUUAUUAUCCGUUUUUAAUUUCUCUAAAUUUGUUAUUUGUACAUGGUUUUAUUUUUAAACCCAACAUACCAUACAUUCAUUUAUCUAG